GCUAGGGCGCCUCAACCACGUGACCGUGCCUUACGUACGACAAGGUGGCUGCGGCCAUGGGAGCGAAGCUUCAUGGCUGUGCGGUGGUCCGUCGUGGGCUCCCCUGUGGCGCUGGCGUUGUAGCCGUGGCAGGGAGGCAUUGGGUUGGGUUGCUGGGCUUGCUCUGAUGACCUCUCUGACUUUAAUGCGCUCGUUUCCGGGAGUAAACUCUGUUGAGCUCAAUGCGACUUGGCUUCCUAGUAAACGCAUUUGUAGGUUUCCUGCACGAGCCCCCGCGGCACAGAUCUCUCCUCAGCCACGAACUCUCUAGGCAGUCUCGAAAUGGUGACAGUAAUGCUGUUCCACCCUAUGGUAGGGAUUAGAAUAAGAUAAUGUAUAUUAGCCUCUCUAAAAUCAGCCCUCGAAAGUGCUUUAUGAGUGAAAUUGCCACAUACCUCUUCCCUUCUGCCCUUCAGUAAAGCAAGCAGUUUUAUUCAUCCUGCCUUUGGAUGUUAGUGAUUUGGGUUUGCCUUGCCCAAUAGUCUCCCUCUAGGUGUUUUUAUUACGAUCUCAUUGGAAGUUUUACUGUUGCCUGUGCUACAGAUGACUUCAGUUAACUAGAACAUCUUAAAAUGUCUUGUGUGCAGACAUUCUUGUAAGUGCUAAUGAUAACUUUGCUUAAGCGUGUUGGGGCAGUCUGAAUGACUUGUUUUGGACAACUUCCGGGGGGGGGGAUAGUUUUGCAGGAAAAAGAGCAAGGAGUUUUUUGGUAUCUGGAAAGGCCGCAAAAACUUAAGUUUAAAUUUCAUGUACAUUUCCAGCUAUUCUAAAAUAGGUGUCAGAGUUUGUAACAUGAUGUGGUGCUCUCAGACUGGAUUUGCACAUUGUUGCUGCCAUAAUAGUGCAUAACAUGUUGCAUAAAAAGCUUGGAACAUUUUUUUCUACAAAUACAAAGUUGACUUUUAAGUACGAUUUGCUGAAAUGGUUAAAAACUUGAAAUUUACUUAAAGCAAUAAAGCUGGAUAAAUGAGGUACAUUCUCCCUUGGUUUUUAAACAUAAUUGGCAUCCAAGUGAUAAACAAUUUACUUCUGUUAAUUUCAAUGAUAGUUGCUUUUAAGUAGGUGCAAUUAUGAUAAACUAGUGAUAUAAACUAAUGCAUUACAUGGGUUGAGAACACGAUUCAGUCUCAGAAUUACAUUCUCUCUCUCUUGCAUAUUCAAGGUAAGUGAGGCAACCCUUUCAAAUCAAUAUGGGAUUUUUCCUGUUAAUUUUUCUCUAUCCAUGGUGAAAAGAGCAAGUUUCAUGAUCUGGAGACCCCAUUCCAAGCUCACCUGAGUAGAAAACCCAAGUAAUGCCUGAGCAGUCCCAUUAGGAGGCAGAGAUUUAAAUAAUGUGGUUCCUACAGUUAUACAAGUUGUGUAACAAGGGCUAAGUAACAGUAUUGCACUUAGAAGCAUUAAAAUGUAUACCACUGCUAUCUAUGAUUUAAUAACUUAUAUUGCUGUCAUCAAACUACAAUCUUGUAAAGAAUUUUAAAUCAAAGUCUUUGAAUAAUUUAACAUUGUAUACUGGAAGACGUUUAUCUGUCUUUGGCUGUAGUCCUAAGUACAUUUACUUGUGGAGUAAGACUCAUUGGAUACAGUGGGACUUACUGCCAGGUAAACUUCCAUAGAAUUAUGCUGUUAGAAUGUUGGUAUUUUUGGUUAAAAAAACCCCCAAUAAUAAAUUGCAAUACUUAUAAAAGGUUUACUUUUUUACUUUUCAGAGAUACUGAUUUAUUUAUUUAUGUUGAAUCCACUUGGAAGAUCAAUACACUGAAAAACAGCAGGAAAAGCAGAGAAUGUCUGUUGUUUGUCGUCUAUCAGCUGGGUGGCUACUGGACCACCUCUCCUUCAUAAACAAAGCUAACUACCAGCUAUGCCAUUCCCAUGAUCAUUCCGGCUUGGCCUUUGUUGAUGAUCCUGCUGCUGCUGCUUCCUCAGAUGGGGCUCUCGUUGAGGCUGUAAGCCUAGAUGCUAAAAAUUCUUGCAGAAAAGAUUCUAUUGAUGAGAUCAAGGCCCCAGAAGAAAAAGCAAGUCUAAUGGUAAAGAAUACAUAUGUUUUUCGGGAAGAAUUUUUUAAUGUGCUGAAGCCACAUGGAGUUGCAAACAAUCAAAUGGAACUCCAGCAAAAGGGAUCUGAGGCUGGUCUAGGAAAUGGCGGAUCAGAACAGCAAGAAAGAAUCAAGAUGAAUGGCUCUUACUAUACUGCUAAAGCCAAAAAGGUACAGUAUAGAGGAAUUGCUGCAAAGUAUCUUCCUUUGAAACGAGUUCUAUUUGUCACUGUUUUACAAAGGGAAACAUAUAACCCCCUAAUUUAUUGUGAACAUUUUAUCCACUGCUUUUGUAGCUCAAUGAUCACCUUUAAACACACAUGUUGAACCCUCUCUAUAGAUGCAUAACUAUUUUCCUUCUUUUUAAUAUGUCACAAGUUACUAUAAGCACAUGUUGAUGUUUGAUUACUUUAAUGAACCGAAGGCUCAAUCCCUCUAAAAUAUUUAUAGUCCCAUUUCCUUCAGUGCCAUUAUAAUAUUCACUAGUUACUUGGAGUAACAUAAAUAAAAUUAACAUCCGCCUUAGACUUGAACUACCAUGUAGGUUUUUUUAUUCCAGUGAGUCAACUAAUUAACAACAUUAUUUAACAAGGUGUGCUUAUAAUAUGUCUGCCUUUGACAGCGCUAAAGUGUUAUCACUUUGGGGGCACAAUAGCAGCAAGGCUUUGGUUACUUCUAUCAAGUUCUAGAGUGCAAGAUGCAUCACAGAAUCUACCUUUAUCUUUUUAAGUAUAAAGAACCAUAGUGUAUGGCAAUAUUUUUAAAUGAUAGAGGUGCUGAUGUUUGUGCAUGUUGUUAACUUUAGAAACGAAAAAGAAGCAGUGAACUUAACCAUGGUGAACGUGAUGCUUUAGAAUACCAUUUAAAGGUAAGUCGGAGAAAUAAUUGUGAUGGAGGAGUUGCUUGUUUGAGUAACCUCAGAUGCACACUUCCAUGAUUAAAUAUGCAUAUACUAUUAAUUGAUAGCUCACUAUGCUAAGAGCUUCAAGUUGAACUAUAAAUAGCACCAUUUCAGUAUUUAAAGUAGGAUAAUGAAUGCCAGUGUUUUAGAAUGACACUUUACUUGGCUUGAUAUUUAAAAUGCAAAACUAUCAGAAUGAUUUAUAGUGUGGACUGUUCAGUCAUUCAUUCAGAUAAUCCUGUUCACAGACUGAAGAUUUGCAUGUCUGUGGAUAUGUCUCUGUGGAAUUGUAACAACCCGCCUCAGAUAUUUUCUCUCUUUUUUCAUUUUUCUUUGCUGCACAGAUCAGUGGCUUGAUUUUGGAUGGUACCAGGAGUUUAGUCCAGGAGGGACUUAGAUGUGGUUUCCUCCAGCCUAGCUCUUCAAAACAGAUUUGUGCCAAGACUCCUGUUAUAGAACACAGUAGUUUAGCUGAAUUAUGUGAGAUGGCAAAGCAGUUUCCUUCAGUGAAUGAAUCAGAACAAAGAGCUGUAUGCAUGAUAAGUGAGGACUCCUGUGUUCCAGAACAAGUUCAGGUUUCCUGUGUUACAGAAAACACCACAAAUUAUGCAAAGACGAUAACAUUAAUGGGACAGAAGUACCUAUUUCCUCCCAAAAGUGCUUUCCUUUUAUCUGAUAUUUCUGUUAUGCAGCCGCUCUUGGACUGUAAGUACAUUUCCAAGCAAAAUUACCCACUUUUGGUUCAAUGUUUCAUUAAUAUAUUGACAGAGCAAAUUGUGUAGAUUUUGGAAGGAAUUUAAAGAACAUCUGUUAGCAGAAAUGCUUAGAUUUGAGCAUCAGUAAUUGUUACAAACACAUAUUCAUACUAUAUGGCAGCCACUCAUUUUCACCUGUUAUCCAAUUUCUAGCAUGCAUAGUGGGAGAAAUUAGAAAAAUUAGAGGCUAAUACAUCCUUUGUGGAGCAGAAACCUCUAUUAAUAAAAGAGAAACAUUUUAUGCUAGUUUUGGAACUGACAUGACCGCCUCUUAGUUUGAAUGAACAUGAAAUAGAGCCACUUCAGUUUGAUCAGAAGUAUGUUUAUAUCUAUUUGUAAUCAGAGCAGGGUAGCGUUACCACUUUCAAAGACAAAACAUCGCAUUUCCAUGUUCUUUUAAAUAGUAUGAAAAUUGUUUAUUAAAACUUGGUGAGCAACUUGGUUUUGUUGCAAAAAAAUAAAAAUAGACAUAAUUUGAAAUACUGAAAAAUGUGUAUUCUUAUUGCUUUGUUUUCUAGAUAAAAAAAAGUUUGGCAUAAUUAUAAUAGAUCCACCAUGGGAGAACAAGUCUGUUAAAAGAAGUAACAGGUAGCCUUUUACCUUCUAAAACAUAUAUUUUAUUAAACAUACAUAUUAAAUCAGCUCCCUCUUAGAUGUUAAUGGUGUGUGUGGAAUGACAAUUUCUGGCUUUACUAGUGCAAUUAAGAGUUGUUUACAACAGGAGACAUGUCUAUUCAGAAGUAAGUUCCAUUAAGUCCUUACUCCCAGGUAAGUGAAUAUAGGGGACUAAGGCCAGAAUCUACUGAUCAGGCUUGAGGGGUGGGGGUGGCAACUAAAGGCAUAUUAGCACAUUUGUUGCUUUGUUUCAUUUCUCUUUUUCUGGUUGAUAUUCUCAAAUGUAAUGGGUUCUGUUUUGUAAACUCAGAUUACUACAUGCAUGCAUCUAAUUCUCCAGUGGAUAACUGCAAUUUUAUGUCAGUAGAACUUCAAUUAAACUGAAUUAAUAUGAAAGUUCUACGAGGCAGUGGGGAACCUGGUUUGAUAGUUUUCUAAGGUGAAAAUAUAGUUAUGCUGGGGUUGGGGAAUGAGAUUACAACACUGAACCUUCCCCGCCCCCUUAAUGAGAAUACUUCAUAAUUGAAAAUAUUAACUUCUGAGCAAUAUACCUCUCUGAAUGCUCUGUUAUUUGAAGGUUAAUCAAAAUGAAUGGUUUCUGUGCCUGUGGAGCGUUUGCAGAAGUUAAAGCUACUCUGGUUUGCUUCUAAUUAAUUCAUAUUUUACGAAAGCCGCUAGGUGGGAUGGCCUUACUGUCUGAGAGGGAAGCUGGCCAAGAGCUGUACAUUCCUUUUAAAAUAAGCAAUGGUUGAGACUAGUAAAGCAACAUGUUUCCACUAUUGUAGGAUGAUUCUGAUUCCACCGCCAUUUGCAAGACAGGAAGGGAAAUGUUUGUAUCAUAUUCUGGGAUACGACAUGGGAGGGAUGAAUGGAGGAAGUUCACAUUAGAAUAGAAGUAGAAAAGUAGUGGUACUUCUGGAAUGGGAGGAAUAAAAGGAAGAGUUGUCGCAGAAUAGCAUAACAGCACUGUGAGUUUAUAUACUACCUUGGGAUGGGUUUCUUUCCCCUUGUUAACUAGACAGAGACAAAUACCCCAACAAUUAUUAGGGAUGACUGCUUCCAAGAAAAUAAAAAAGUCCAGUUUAAAGGCUUACCAUUAAUUCCAAAUUACUCAGGCUUCAAAGUUUAUAUGCUUAAUGUACAAUUUGGUCCUGUGGAGAGUGAGGUAUGCCUGAGCCUAUAGAAACUGAUAAGCUUUAAUUUUUAACUGAUUUCAAAUUCAUCAAAAUAAGCUCAGGGUUCAGAUCUUAGGCAUGGAGGCAUAUCACUUUUCCUUGUUGUCUAAAACUCUGGCUGUAAUACUUGGGUCUGUGUCUACCCACGCAGAUGGAUUCUCAGGUGCUCAACAGGCAUGCCUCUUUAAAAAAAAAUACAGAUUAUCUGGGUGAUGGGCAUUUCACUCAUACAAUCGCCUGACCUAUCACUCGGAAAGCUCUACACUUUAUUGUGAAAAGUCGUAGAUUUUCAUGUCAGUAUUUUUCUAUUUGUAUUAUUGCAAAUUUGUAUUACUGAAGUUUUACUAUUAGAAGAAGAGCCUUGCAGAAUCAGAGCAAAAGCCCAUUUAGUCCAGCAUACUUUACCCAAAGCAACUGGUAAUCCUAAUGCUUCAGGCAGCAUAUAGCUAUCAAUACUAUUCACUGUUGCUAACAUUAUCUUCUAUGAAUUAUUGUAAUUUCCUUUUAAAGUUAGUGGCCAUCACCACAUCUUGUCGUAGCAAAUUCCAUUGCUUAACUUAAUUAGUAGCUUUUUAAAUACUGUAUGACUGCUGUAGAUUAAAAUGGGGGGGGGGGGGGAAAUCAAAGUAUUAGAUAUUCUGCAUUGCAGAGAAUUGCUUUAAUGUAAUAUGUAACUUUUAAUGACCAUAAGUUCAGUUUCUAUGCAUAACAGAAUUUGGAAAUGGAAGGAUAUUUAUCACUGCACCCAGUGGAUCAGAAUGUAAAGAAACAGGUGUUCAAAUACGAUGGGAACAGAUUUUACCACUGGGUGUCACUGUUGGCUCAGUUUUAAUUUAUCUAAAUGUUGUUGGUAUUGAAAAAAGUUUGCGAAAGAUUGCCAUUGCUUUGUAAAGGCCUGCUGUUUCCCUUUCGAGCUUUGGUCCAGCUCAGACUUUCUGAAUUUAUUCAUGUGUAGGUACAAUUACUUGUCCCAUUGGCAAAUCAAGCAAAUUCCUGUGCCAGCGCUGGCAGCCCCAGGUUGUCUUGUGGUCACUUGGGUGACUAACCGACAGAAGCAUUUAUGUUUUGUGAAGAAUGAACUCUAUCCCCACUGGUCUGUUCGUGGAGUGGCGGAGUGGUUCUGGGUGAAAGUAAGUUUGCUGGAACCUUUGGACUUAUUUUUAUAUACGUUUAGUUUUAAAAUUAUUUCCCAAUAACUGUUUUUAUUGGUAGCAUUUAAAAUAUUUGAAUAUUAACGUUUUUGAAGCAAAUUUUUGUUAUGUAUUUUUUAUUAUUAUUAUCUCCCAAGGGAAGUUACAGUUAGGGAUGACACCCAAUAAAGGAACUCGCUCAUCACAAUCCUAUACAUAUCUGCUCAGAAGUAAGUCCCACUGACUUCAAUGGAGCUUACUCCCAGGUCUAUAUAGGAUUGCAACCUUACUAUGUUACCUGCAUGAGUUCUAAUCAAUUACAUACAUUUGUACAUGUAUGAAGAAAAGGGGGAAACAUUGUUUUUUUUUUGAGCAAGUAGCACAAGGAGGCAUUCCUUCCUGGGAAGAAUUUGUAAAUAGUCUUUUCUUUUUCCCCCUUUUUUAAAAAAAGUCUUCCUGGUUAAUCUGAUGUCGCUUCUUUUUUCUUUUAAAUCAAAAUAUUUUAAAUCGGUCAACGAAGUGUUGCAACCCCAGUUGCAAUUCUUUAUUUAUUUCACUAUUUCUCCCAUAAGUAGAGAUGGGAAGGCCUGGAAAAAAACCUGGAAAAUUGGGGGGGGGGAACCAGGUUUCCCCCCAUUUUUCCCCCAAACGGCUUUGGAAACCUACUUUGCUUUGACCAGUCUUGGGCUGCCCUGCUGAUCAUAUUUCAAAUUUGAUGUUAGAAUCCUUGAUCUGAAGCAAUUCAGAUGAUGAUUUAUAAAUGUAUAUGUAGCCACAGCAGUGUUAAGGCUCAUUGGGUUCAGUGGUCUACCCUCAAGCCACCAUUGAUAGGGUGUAAAUGAAAAAGAAAGUGGAUUACACAAGCCAGAACACUACCAAUCUCUGAACUAGACUUGGGUAUAGUGAGAAAACAUCCUUAGGAUAGAUGAAUAGAAAAUAAAAUAUUGUAACAUUGAUUUGUAACUUGCAGCAUUGAUUUCCGGUUCCUUUCUAUCAGAUUACAAAGUCUGGAGAGUUUGUAUUUCCAUUAGACUCUUUUCACAAGAAGCCUUAUGAAGUUCUUGUAUUGGGAAGAGUCCAGCAAAAUACAGAUGUGCCAUUAAGGUAUAUGAGUCCAUUGAUUUCUCUAUAUUAUUAAUGGGAAUUAUUGUUAUAAGGCAUUCAUUAGGAAUGCUCAGCUGAGGUUCAAAGGAGGGCGCAAUGGCCUUUCUUAACAAAACGAUAUGAAGACUGAAGUAUGCUUGUACUCCAGUUCCCUUGAAAGACUAGCUUUUAAGAAAGCUGUAAAAUACACCAGACUCCUUCUGCUGUUCCCUUUAGAUAUUUAGUUGUCUGUUUCUUACAGUGCUGUGAAAUUCAAUUUCUCAAGAUAUGACACUGGGAAAUCUUGGAAGCAGAUGCCUUUAACUGAUGACCAAUUAUCACUAAAAUGGGUGGGAUGUCAUUGCAGGGCCAAGAUCAUUAACUGCCUUGAGCAUUCAUUUGAAUUGGAAUAGGAGGAGGGGGAUCCCAAAACAACUAUGUCUCUUCCCCUUUAGCAAAGCGUAAUCGGUUUAUGUGAAUAUUGGGGCUGGGAUCCAAAGAGCCACUUAGCCUAAUGUGAGGGGCUUGUGCAACCCCAGUGGGAUAUUUUCUUUUUCUUACCUUCUUUCUUUCAACAGGCAAUCUCCACGCCAUAGCACAACUUCCACAUAACUUUCAAUUUAGAGUGUUGUGCCUGCUAUUAGCAAGAUUAAAGCCUCUUUGGGCUUGCAGAACUACUUUCAUAAUUCUUUGGUCCCUUGCCGAAGUCUCUUUGAAGAAGUUUUGAAUUGGUGAUUUAGUACAGCUGCUUGGACUUUUAUGCGUGUGGUUAAAAUAGCAAACAUUACCCUAUACAGGAAAGUCUUGCCAAAACAGGAAUUCUCCUAGUGAUAUUAUAUGAAGUGGGUAGCUCCAGAUCUUCCUUGUUUGGCUAGCCCAAGCCAGAUAUUCUCCAUGUCAUCCAUGUUAGCCCUCAGGGCUGUUGGUUUCUGCUGCCAAGUAGACCACUUAUCCCCCUGUAUUAAAUAUAGAUCUAUUUUGUUAAGGGCAAAAAAUAUUCUAAAGUUGAAACAUAUAUUGGCUGCACUAUAUUUGUCUUCUUGCAGUCAUAUUUCUUUAUUGGCUUAGUUUUUGAAGAAGCUUAAGAAAUUUCAUAAGCUGCCCUUUAUCUCUCAAGAAAACAAAUACACUCAGCAUUUAGAUAUUUAGCUUCCCAGGGGCUUACCAUCUAGUAUGGCAGUGAGAGAAUGACUUUUUCAUAUUAUUAUAAUUAUUCUGUUUAGAGGGGGAAAGGGACCAAUGAAGGUUUGGCUCUUUAGCAAGAUAUUCUCAUUUGUGCUCUCACCAUUUAUUUUGUUUUGAUCUAUACAAUAGGAUUUCAGAGGAUGACGUGCCUCAAAUUCCUGAUCAGAAAUUAAUUGUGAGUGUACCUUGCAUCCUUCACUCACACAAACCACCCCUGACAGGUAUGUUCCUGAAAUCAUUCUUUAAGCUAAACAUUUUUGAUAUUUUCAACUAUUGAUACCUUUGAGAUGGGUUAAUGACUUGAGUACCUCUGCUCAUUUGUUUGUAUUGUUAGUUUCUGACCAUCAAUAACAAACAACUGAGGUUAAAAACUUACUGAAAAUUUUAAUAUUUCAUUGGGUUCUAAUUGUGGAUUCAGUUAGGCACAAAUUAGGCAUUUUAAGCAGGACAAGUUUCGCCUUUCAUACUUGGCUUUACAACUGGCAUAACCACUUUAGAAAUAACCUUGAUCUUGAAGAGGUGAAUAACUUGUAGAUUGCAGUUGAUUGGUUGAAUGCAGAGUUCCUGUAUAUUCAAGGGACAUUCCUGCGAAAGGAAGUGCGGGGAGGGAGAGGCAAUUUUAGCUAAUUCCUUUGCCUUCCUUGUGCCCUCUUGAGAAGCUGUUACGGAGGGUUGGGAUCCAACCCAGUACAUUUCUUAGUAUGCUGCAUUUGUGUUCCAGCUAGAGCACUGUAGCAUGCAUGUUGCUGCCAGUUUGAGGAAUUCAGGUAGAUAUUCUUUGGUUCUAAAAUUCCUCUGAUAUAAUUAAAGAUGCUGAUUCUUACCCAUGCUUCUACUAACCUGGACCUUGGGUGGCUGCUUUGAAAGACUGAAACUUUUAUCGUCGUCAUAGCAAGCAAGUUCACUUUGAGUCAAGGAAGUUACUUACUGAGCUUGUAUGUUCUUGGUAGAGGCAGCAACAAUGCUUUUCAAGAGGAAUAUGGGGAGGUAGAGGAAAAUGAGAGAUAAAGCCUCCUCCUCCCAUUUGCUCAAUCCCUUUCACUCACUGUGUUUUGGUAUCUGAAGCAGUGUGCAUGCACACAAAAGCUUAUACUGUACCCAGAACAAACUUAGCUGGUCUCUAAGGUGCUACAGGACAAUUUUUUAAUGUGUUUUUGAGUGCCCACUUGCAGAACUUUUGUUUACAAUAUGACAGAUAGCAAGACCUUUCUUAAUAUCCCCAUGCCAGCCAAAUAUCAUUUGUAUCAUAUAUUUAUUUAUACCCCUCCUUUUCCACUGUCAAGGACUCAGGGAAAAAAAUAAAUGCACCUUUGAACUUCCAUUUUUGGUUGCACUGGUUUGUGGUCUAUGUGUACAGCUCAGUUAAUCCAGGAUGCUAUGCCUGAAGGCAUAACCCCACAUAAACUCCAUUUAUCUAGGUGUGAGCCCCAUUGAAUUCAGUGGGACUUACUUCCGAGUAGACAUGGCUUGGAUUACUGCCUACAUUGAUUUGCAAGGUCCUGUAUUAGUUGUCUGUCUUGUAAGAAGACCCCUCAUCAUUGAGCUCGUUUCUUUCAGUAGUGUAGAGCAAGUUCAGCUGGUCUUUCCUUUGCUUGGCUCUAUCUACUAAACCCAAGCAAGACCGAGCGCUUGCUACAUGUAGUGGGUAUGUUUGUACAUAAUAGUUAGCUGAUUUCAACUUACAUAUGGUUCACACUGUAUGGUUUUGUGUGUGACUAUUGUAAAGUGCAUGGUGUUUUUUUAUGGACAGCAGUAUAUAAAUAUUAUUAUAAAUAGCAUUAAGACAGGGUUUUAUUAUUGGCUUAUGGAUCAAUGAUUGCUGGGGACCUACAAACCAUAAUACCUGGUUCAGGAAUAAUGGGAACCCAAGGUUUGCUAGUUUGUUUAUCGCAUUAGCAACAUGGGAGGAGUGAAUCAUUCAAGGUAGGCACAAUAUGCCCCAAAUCCUGGUUUAUUGGUGCAUGUCAUUGUGGCCAGCAUGAGAUGAUUUGAGUUGAGGGAGCGACAGAGAAAAGUGAGAAAGUGGGAUUUCACCAUUAGUGGAAACUUUGUGUGAACAAGACUUGGUGAACUGUUCCUUAAGUAACAAUUAUUUACUAACGUACACAAAAUACAUACCCACCAAGUGUCCUGGAAAAAACCAGGGCAGCCAGUUUUCCCCUGUGAUGACGUGGCAGCCAUUGUGGCACCCUUGGUCAUGUGAUCUGAUGCUUAUCCUUUAGUCUAGCUUCUUUCCAGAGGAAUCACAACAGAGAGAGUUGUAUCCAAAUAAGAUACUCAAAGCAGACCCCCUGAAAUUAGUAAGCGGAUGUUAGUUACAUCCAGUAAGGCUAAAUUGGAUGCAGCCUAGUAUUUAGAAAUAUAAGUAGUUUAUGAUGUGUCAGUGGUUAUUUUGAAUCUGUUCUCUGCUCUUACCAUUAGUUUUACAUUGGGAAGAUGGGAUAUAAAUGUUUUAAUCGAAAGACUGUAAGGUGCUAACAAAAAUGGCCCAAACACCACCGUUCUGAAAUAACAUUAAUUGGUUUAACAAGUUAUUUAGUUGCCUUUUCAUAUGCACAUCUUAUUUAAUCUAUAGUUCAUUAGAUGUAUCUGUCUUCAGGCUGUGAAAGUAAACUUGUAUUCCAAUUCCAGUGAAAGGCUUCAUAUUUAUUAAGCUGUAAAAGAUGCCAGUCUUCUCCUUCAAUUCACUUUAGGUGAAGAGUGAAGCAUGAUCACAUAGCAGAGGUUGAGCAGCCACAUCUUAAAUUAUUAUGUGCAAGGCUCUUCUAAACCAGCUAAGACUUGUGCAAAUGUUAAAUUUUUAUUAAAUUGUCUCACCUUCCUGCUGAAGAGAUUCCCUUUUCCGGCAACGGUGACAUUUUAUGCGAAGAAGCAAACUUCAACAAUAACAUCUUAACACAGUUUCAUAGUUUCUGUGUUUUUACAGCAUUGGUAGCAAAGGAGAUUAAAUGCUCUGUUUGUGCAGAUAAAAUUGGAGGAGUCUGAAGGGAAGGGAGAAACAAAAUCUGGUGGAGGCAUCUAGAAGAGGGGGCACGCGCAAGACAGUGGCAAAGUGGCAAAGUUAGCACCCACUAGCUUUUGCUGACAGCCCUUUCAGUGGAAAUUUAGGGUGAAACAUGGGGGAAUUUUCCCACUACAGUGGUACCUUGGGUUAAGAACUUAAUUUGUUCCAGAGGUCCGUUCUUAACCUGAAACUGUUCUUAACCUGAGGUACCACUUUAGCUAAUGGGGCCUCCCGCUGCCGCCUUGCGAUUUCUGUUCUCAUCCUGAAGCAAAGUUCUUAACCCGAGGUACUAUUUCUGGGUUAGCGGAGUCGGUAACCCGAAGCGUCUGUAACCUGAAGUGUCUGUAACCCGAGGUACCACUGUACUCAUCUUUUGUAAGCAGUUAAUUGUGUGAUAGGUAAGGCUAACAUUAGCAACAGAGGCAAACCCGUCCCCCUCAAAAAUCCCCUAUCAGGCAGUGGAAGUUUUCCUGUGACACCUGGAGAACCCCACCCCCACCCCCAGCUUAGCACCUACUUUGCCCACAGAAGGAAUCCGCUGGGAUCUCUAGCAGAAAAAACUGCUGCUGGUGGUUCUAUAGGAGGGGAUGGAAAGGGUCCUUGGAGUGGCCUCCAGGCAGAGAGCAGCAUGUGUGCCCUAUCCAGCCAGGGGAGGUGUGUCCACACAACCUCCUGUCCACACAACCUCUCCUGCUUCUCAGAUACACACACACACACACACACACACACACACACACACACAUAUAGGGGGGACCCACAGUACAGCUCCUUGGCAAGAGCUCAAGUGACCCUAGGUGUGCCUGUGGGAACAAAAAAGCUUGUUAUUCCAGACAUACAUUCUGACUUCUUAUAUAUUAUUAUUAUUUCAUGCAUUUCUUGUUAAGUUUUCCAGAAAUUAUGAAAACAAGGUAGGCAGAAGGGAGGACCAGAUUCAGAACAUAUGGACUGGCAUUAAUGUACAUAUGAAACCAUUUUGUAGUUAAUCUGGAUGGUAAAAAUGUUAGCAUUUUGAAACAGUUGAACUCAAAAUGUUAACAAGGACAUACAACAGCUGUAAAACAGGCUGAAAUUCAGCAGGUUGCUGAAGAGAGUCAUUGGUGGAGAAAAACGCAGCAGCUGAAUUUUUGUCUACUGCGCAACUGUUCAAGUUGCAGAUAAAAUUGUAGAAACAGAAGUAUAGAAUUGACUGUGAAAUGUAAAGGGGGGGGGGAGAGAGAGAGAGAGAGAGAGAGGAACAUAACCUUUAUUGACCUUUAUGGAUAGGACCUUUACUGAUAAAUGAUUGAUGGGUUUUUUUUAGUGGGGGCGAUUUGGGGAGAAUCAAAUGCACCUUCAUUUUGUUUCCAAGCCUUUUAGCAUUUCUGUCAUCAUGUUUUCAGAUAUGUCUGUAUUCCUGAAUGGUGCUGUGUCUUCACUAAGCAAGGAGUGGGAGUGUUGGCCUGGCCAUUUUUAGUUGGUGAAAUAUAUGUUUGAACUCAGUUGAUGAGCUGGUUGACUGUGCUGAAUGCUAAUGAAGAGGGAUACUAACACCUGAUAGUAUAGUGCAGAUUUUGUGGGGUGCCGGGGAAGGGGGGCCCUUGCUUCAUAAGUGAGAUUCCACUCACGUAGCAUUGGAUUCCACCCACACAAAUCACUAUAUAAACUGUUAAUCAGUUAUUUAGGUGCAAUCCUAUAACAAAGUUCUGCUGUCUUGCGAGUAUAGUAGGGGCAUGUCUCCAGGUCAUAAUGCAAAUAUAGGAUUGCUCUGCGCAGCAUCUUAACUGCGUGUCUUAAACAAGUACAAAACUGCUUUAGCUGGCAGCUUCCUCCUAACAAUUUCCAAGGAAGUGGAGUUCUGUGAAGGAGGUAAUGAUCUGCAGCAUGCUUAAUAAACUGCAGUCUCCAGGGAUCCUCGGAAGGAAACCAUAAGAAUCGGAAUGGCUGAAGAAGAGAUAGGCCCCACAACAAAACUACUUCAAGCUACUAAGCUUGCAGAUCUGCAGUUUCAAUCUUGCACAUGCUGGGAAUAAGUACCAUUGAGAUGAGUGAGGCUUCUGGGUAAGCAUUCAUAGGACUGGGCUGUAAACUGUGCUGCGAGGGAAUAUAUUAACCAGUGAAAUCAAUCGGUGCCUGAUGUGUCUACUCCUUUUAAGUUUCUGUUUCAAAGCUUAAGUUUUUAAUGAAUAAAUUUUAAUAUGCAUUGAAUAUAGCUGUCCAUGUGUUGUUGUUUCCCCCCCCCCCCAAAAAAAAUAAGCACUCCCAUUUGAGAGAUGUUAUGGUGACAAUUCUGAAAACACUAUGGCGGUGCUGAAGCUCUCAUUCCCUGUCUCCAAAUGAAUACUGAUAAAUUAGAGUGACUGGAAGCUUUGACAGUAUUGUUCAUACUCUCAAGGUCGUUUAUUUCAUAUUCCUUUCUGGCUAUAAAUAGUAAAGCUGGCUGAUGAGAUCCUUGAAAUUAAUUUGCUGUCUCUCUCUCUCUCUCUCUCUUUAUUGAAACAUUCUUCCCCACCACCCCCACCACCUUCCAACAGCUUUGAGGAAAUUGAAGAAAUAGAGGUGUGGUUUUUUUUAAAAAAAUAAAUAAAUUAAAAUCAAUCUCAUGAUUUUUCCUCCCCAGAGAUUCUAAAAGCAUAUACCAAGCCAGAUGUGGAAUGUAUGGAGCUGUUUGCUCGGAAUUUGCAGCCUGGAUGGACCAGUUGGGGCAAUGAAGUUCUCAAAUUCCAGCACAUAGAUUACUUCACUGCAUUCCAGAACAAAAGUGACAAGUAACUGUAGGCUGGGGUUCUUGCGAGCGCUCUAGAUUUUGUCCUUGACAUCGAUGCUGCACUUGGGAAGCAGUAUGAAUUAACUGUAAGUCUGCAUGGUGUUUUUGAAAUCUGUGUGAUGAGCAGAACAGUGAUGCCUUCAGGUAUAUAAUUUGCUCCUGGGUUCAUCAUAUAUGUCCUCUGCGGUGGUAGGGUGACUUUUGCAAUCAUCUUCUGGAGUUUUAGUUGCUUGAGCCACCAUAUAAACAGCAGCCUUCAAAAAUUAGCCAUGCCCUUUGCAGUUGGGCUCCAAGGUGUGUCUGUACAUUGAAUCAUAUCUCAUGGAGAUGAUGGUAAUGAUGAUUCCUAUACCUAAGUUGCCCCCUAAGGCAACUUAGAUUCAUACACAAAUACAGGAUGCAAUUUAUAUAAAAAAUUAAGACGACAAAAUUUCCACAUAUUACCAAAAGUCUAAAAGCCAAAUGCAUCCGUAUUCCAGCCAAAAGAAUAAAGGUCAGCCACCCACAAAAUGUCACAGGGUAGGGCAGGUGGAAAUGUUAUCCCUUCCUAGUCCUAUAGAGUCUGUCCUCAGAGAGACACACAGAGAGUGUGAGAAAAUGUAAAGAGCCCAAAGUCAACAGUGUUCUUGUCACAACAAAAGCAAUAAUCAUGGCUUAUUUGGUUUCUGUGGGUUUUCAUCAUGAUUAACUUCAGCUUGAUUUAGGUCUCUGUCUGUAUUCUAAUGAUUCCUCUUUCUCAAAUAUACAGGACCAGAAUUUCCCUGAAUAUGUAUUCUGACAUUAGCUCUUAAAAAGAUGUUUUAAAAUGGUUACUGCAAUAAUUUAAUUUUUUUUUUUAAUGAUAAACUGCUCUUGUUCCUUUCUCUCCCCCUUAGGGUUUACUUUGGGGGGGGAAAUGCUCUAAUAAAAAUUACCAUAUGUUUGUAUGCAAGACUGUAAGAAAAGGAGUAUAUUUUAAGAAGGAGUAACCAUUAUUUAAAAGAGAGCAGAAUAAAUUUGACUCUGCUACAAAUUAAAUAAACUUCAGAUUGUUCAGUGUGCUGUUAAAUUUUUAAAUAAGCUCUGGAUGUUCACAAGUUGACUGGAUUUUUUGUACUUUAAUAAUAAAAAAUCAAUUUCCGAGAUA